CUCUUGAAUAUAUGUUUUAAAUUUCAAAUCAAUUCGUUGAUUACAAUCUGAGAAAUCAUGUAUCAUUUUGAAGAAUAUAGUUUCAAGAAAAAUGCGUUUAAAGUUCAACUAAUUGAUAUCGUGAUAUCGUGAUAUUUUUAACAUUUGAUGACUCAUCAUUGAUGACACAUCUGCUUCAUAAAAUGGAUUUUUCUCUUUUGCACUUGCACUUUUUUUUUCUCCCUAUUAUUCUCGAAAAAAACGAGAAAAAUUGAGUAUUUCUAUACAAUCCAACUUACAUAGUAUUCUAUUAUAUUACUCGGUCCAUUUGAGCCUCUUUCUGCGCGUGGCAAACGAGUCUAUUUCAAACGCUACAACUCGAAGAUUAUUUCGAGUAUCCACUCGGGAUCUUUUAUACAUUAUGAGACUACAAACUAUUUCUUGAAGCAAAAAAAAUCUGAUUUUUUUUGAAAAUUUCAAAAUAGGAUAAGAAUGAAAGCGAAUGAACGGCGUUUGGAAGGAAAUUUACAUCAGAGAGAAAUCUCCAUUCUCAUCUGUAAUUUCAUUUACUCUAAUUUCUUAUCCCUUUCUUGCGUGUUUAUUUUCUCUAGAAAGACAUGGUGUAUGUAAUGUACGUUUAUCAGUGCAUUGAUAAUGCAUGGCCCCCGAUGAACUCGCGCGGAAUGAAAAUGAUAUCUCGCUGUCUCGACAUCCUCGUACAAUAAAUUGUGGUCAGCUCAAUCAAUAUUCGACUAUGGAUCAAGAGUAUAACGAGCGUACGCCGUUAAUUGCACCGCCACGAAAACGAUGGAUGCCGAUACGUAUCUGGAUCUGCCUAAUGAUGUUCACGUGUUGCUGGACCAACUAUGGGUGUCGCCUACAGAUGCCAAUUCUGGUGGUGCCGAUGAUCAAGGAUGUACCGAUCAACCACACGGACGGCGUAUGCGUGUUCGAUGAUGCCCGACAACGCCGCAGCAUUAAUCCGCUCGAUCCUUCUUCCUUAGACUGGUAUAUUAUGAAUCAGGUGCAAGAAGAGAGGGAACGGAGAGAAGGAUCGGAUGAAAAAUUGCAUACGCUGACACGUCGCCAAGCGCAGGACGACGACGAGCCCUACACAUUUUUCAGUGGGUUACCCUUUGAUUGGACCCCGACAGUGCGAGGCCAACUAAUAGCUAGCUACGCCUACGGCAACGUGCCCGGCAAUUUCGUCGGCGGAUGGUUAUCACUGAGAUACGGACCGCGCCACGCGGUUCUUUGGACGUCGAUCCUAGCCGCGGUGGUCUCACUGAUCAGCCCACUUCUAGCACAAUGCCACUGGGGCUUGUUACUGGUUUCCAGAAUCAUCGUUGGUGUCACCGGUGGCAUCACCUUUCCCGCGUGUCACACCCUGGUAGCGAAGUGGGCACCACCGCAUGAACGGGCGCGCUUUAUUUGGUCCUUGCUGGGUGGCACGUUCGGCACGAUACUGAGCUAUCCAAUGAUAGCUGGUAUCGCGGAGAGCAUAAACUGGGAAUCUGGCUGGUAUGUGCCAUCCGUACUGAUGAUGAUAUGGAUCAUUAUAUGGGCAUUGAUAGCCUACGAUUCACCGGACGAACAUCCGGGCAUCUCCACCGAAGAGAGGAGCUACAUUAAAACAGCUCAAGCUGGAAUCGUACGUACCGAAAAGCCACAAUGGAAACAAACUCCGAUAAAGCAGAUUUUGACAUCGGUGCCAUUUCUUAGCUUGAUUGUCUGCCAUUUUGGGAAUCUCUUCUUGCUGUUCUUUUACCAAAGUUCGCUCAUGCUGUAUCUGACCAAGGCGCUGGGAUUCAAAUUGACGAGAGGCGGCGCCGCGGCUGGCGCGCCAUGGGGAAUCAGGAUGGUGUUCGGAUUUUUUAGCUGGGCGGGUGAUACUAUUAAGAGAAAGCAGAUCAUCUCUGUCACGCUCUUGCGCAAGCUCGCGACUAUAUUCUCACAUUUUCUACCGGGUGUCUUCUUAAUACUAGUCGGUUAUGUUGGCUGCGACUUCAUACUCGCGAAUGUCUUCCUGUGCCUGGCAUUAGGCUUCAACGGUGCUGCCUUGAUUUCGAAUCUAUCAAAUAAUCAGGAUCUCUCGCCAAAUUUUGCUGGUUUUCUGUACGGCAUCAUGAAUUGUGUUGGUGUUUCUUCCGGCAUGAUUAUUCCGCCAAUGGUUGAAGAAAUAGCCGGCAAAUUUGGGAAUCCAAUCGACAGAUGGCAAAUACUUUUUUGGAUCGGUGCCACGGUGUGUAUCGGGAGUAUGAUUGUGUUCUUAUUCGGAGGUAGCGGUGAAAUACAAAAGUGGAACGAGUUUCGACCACUUGAAAGGUCAAAUGACGUGGAGGCUGGGCAAACUGGUAUGGAGCCUAUCGACUUUACUACGAAAGUUUAAACGAUUCUGAGAGGCUCCAACUCAUCAUUUAGCAAUGACAUGUCGUGAACAACGCGAUAAAAAUUUAAUUGACAAAAAUGUUCAAACAAUAUAGGAAUGGAAGAAACAUUCGAAAAAGACUGAAAAAAAUAGAAUAUUCCUAAGGAAGAUCUGAUAAAAUUAAAACGAUUGAGGAAUAUUUGAAAAAUUAGAUUUUUUAAAAACUAUUUAAAGCAUGACUGUUUGAAGAAUGUCUGACAAAAAUAAAAAAAUUUAGAAACAUCUGAGAGAUCAAGAAACUUAAAAAAAUACAUAAUUAGAUUACUCCUUAAUCGUUACAUAGCUUCAUACUCGUUAUUUAAUUAUUUUCAUUCACAUUUGACAUUGUUUUAUUAAACUUCUUUGUUUAUUUAUCAUGAUCACUAUAAUAAAUAAAGAGUUAUAAUUACUUUUAUCUCGUUCAAUCUUCGCAAUCAACUGAUAUGCAUAUCGGAUGACAUUAAAAUCACAAGAAAAUAAAGCGUAUAAUAUUAAAUAUAAUUUUUAUAAUUGAAUUUUUUAAGAAAAGAACUUAUGAAAAGAAAAUUAGAUUGAUUAAUCUUUACAAAUAGUCAUUUUAUUUUUUGAUUUUGCGUUUCUUAGUGUCAGUUCUAAACUAAAAAAUAUCUUUAUAAUUUAUUAUGCGCAUCUUAUAUUUUCUACUAAAGAAUUCAAUCGUUUGCAUCACAGUUUGUUAUUUAUAAAACAAUUUUUUAAUAAUAGUUUUCUAAUAAUAAUAAUUUAAUAUACAUGAAAUUCUUUGUACAUUAACAUUAGUCAUUAUCUUAGUUUCUUAAGUAACCAAAGCGUUGUUCGAUGCAAAGGUCCUUGAGAUAAUUUUUUAUUCAUCGGUUUUAUAUUAACUAAUUAUUCUCUAGAAUAGCGCAAGAGCAACAUCUCUCGUGCACAUGGCAUUCCAACGAGGCUGGCAUAUUCCUUCACCUCGCGUUUUUCUUCCCGCGUUGUUCGUUGUAAUCUGUAUUUCUUAUAUGGCAUUGCGAUAUUCUUAUGUAGUAUCAAUACCUAAAGAAGAGAAAUUUCUAUAGAUGAACAAUUGCUCAGAAAAUUAUCACGAAAAUACCUCUUCAAUAUUGACUACGCCAUCCUCGUCGAUAGCAUCGAUAUCAUCGUUCAGACGACUAUACUUAUCGUUGUUCAAUUUAGCUAGACUAGGUUCAAUAUCGCACCAUACAUAUGUUUCUGGACAUAGAAGCUUCGACGGCCGCAUUUUAGCUUUGUAUCGCAUUUUCGGACACGAAUGAAUAUAAAAGCCCAUAUAAUAAUAUCUCAAAUUACUCGCGACUUUGUUAAGCUGUCUCGUUAGAUAAAUUUCUCGAAGAGAACUAGAACCAAAAAAUAUGUUUAUAUUAGAAAUUUAUAUUUUUAUUUAUGUUUAUAUUAAAAUUAUAACUGAUUCACUAAUUUAGUUGUAUCAUAAGAAUCAUAAGUGUUGUUGUAUUAUAAGAAUCUUAGACAUCCAAAAAGAAAUAUAUUUAUAUC